AUGGCUAAACUGCUCAGGGCAUCUUACCUCCAGCCCUGGAUCUAUAAAGGGCACUGCUUUCGGAUCAAUCACUUCCCGGAGGACAAUGAUUAUGACCACGACAGCUCGGAGUAUCUCCUUCGCAUCGUGCGAGCCUCCAGCGUCUUCCCCAUCCUCAGCACCAUCUUGCUGCUCCUCGGAGGACUCUGCAUCGGCGCCGGCCGGAUCUACAGCCGCAAGAACAACAUCGUGCUCAGUGCUGGCAUCCUCUUUGUGGCCGCAGGCCUCAGCAACAUUAUAGGCAUCAUCGUCUACAUCUCCAGCAACACGGGCGACCCCAGUGACAAGCGAGACGAAGACAAAAAGAACCAUUACAACUACGGCUGGGCUUUUUACUUCGGAGCCUUGUCUUUCAUUGUGGCUGAAACCGUGGGCGUCCUGGCCGUGAACAUUUACAUUGAGAAGAACAAAGAGCUGAGGUUUAAGACCAAACGGGAGUUUCUGAAGGCAUCUUCCUCCUCUCCCUACGCCAGGAUGCCGAGCUACAGGUACCGGCCACGGUGCUCACGGUCCAGCUCACGGUCCACUGAGGCCUCCCCCUCCAGGGACGCAUCCCCGGUGGGCCUGAAGAUCACCGGGGCCAUCCCCAUGGGGGAGCUGUCCAUGUACACACUGUCCAGGGAGCCCCUCAAGGUGACCACCGCCGCCAGCUACAGCCCCGACCAGGAGGCUGGCUUCCUGCAGGUACACGACUUCUUCCAGCAGGACCUGAAGGAAGGCUUCCAUGUCAGCAUGCUGAACCGGCGGACCACCCCCGUGUGAGCUGCCCUCCCUGCUCUCAGCUGUGGCCUCUCCCCAGAAAGGCUCUUUGUGUCACACAGGAGGGCAUGUGAUUCGUAAGACGACAGAUGAACAGUGAACUGAAGCCAAAUACAGCCCUCCCUGGUCUCCGAAGGUGUCAUGGGCUGACUUUGCGCAAAGGAAGCACCAGGAGCCUGGACUCGGGGGUGCAGAAGAAGCUGAAGCUGAUUUUGUCCCCAAAGAGGGUGUUUUGAUGCCCCGGGGUUUCCGAAAUCUCCCAGAAAGCCCAAGAGCUUUUCUGAGGCUGCAUGGCCUUGACCAU